GGCGCCGGUGCCGAGCGGCUCCGCCCCGUCCGGCUCUUCCUGCGGCGGGAGCGCGGCGGGGCCGGCGGAACAUGGCGUGGGUACUGAAGAUGGAUGAAGUGAUCGAGUCCGGGCUGGUGCACGACUUUGAUGCCAGCCUCUCGGGCAUCGGGCAGGAGCUGGGAGCCGGUGCCUACAGCAUGAGUGAUGUUUUGGCGCUGCCUAUUUUCAAACAGGAAGAUUCCAGCCUUCCACAAGAAAAUGAGACCAAACAUCCACCUUUCCAGUAUGUUAUGUGUGCUGCAACAUCUCCAGCAGUAAAAUUAUAUGAUGAAACUCUCACAUACUUGAAUCAAGGUCAGUCCUACGAGAUCCGGAUGCUAGAUAAUCGGAAAGCUGGAGACAUACCAGAGAUCAAUGGAAAACUGGUGAAGAGUAUUAUAAGAGUUGUAUUCCAUGACAGAAGGUUGCAGUACACAGAGCACCAGCAGUUAGAGGGUUGGAAGUGGAACCGCCCUGGGGACAGACUGCUCGACUUAGAUAUUCCAAUGUCUGUUGGUGUCAUUGAUAUCAAGACAAAUCCAAGCCAGCUCAACGCAGUUGAAUUUUUAUGGGAUCCAACAAAAUGUACAUCUGCUUUUAUUCAGGUACAUUGUAUCAGCACUGAAUUUACCCCUCGUAAACAUGGAGGAGAGAAAGGAGUUCCUUUUAGGAUUCAGGUUGACACUUUUAAACAGACUGAAAAUGGAGAAUAUACAGAUCAUCUGCAUUCAGCCAGUUGUCAAAUCAAAGUUUUUAAGCCCAAGGGAGCAGACAGAAAACAGAAAACAGACAGAGAAAAGAUGGAAAAGCGAACUGCACAUGAAAAAGAGAAAUACCAGCCUUCAUAUGACACCACAGUUCUUACAGAGAUGAGGCUUGAGCCUAUAAUUGAAGAUGCAGUUGAACAUGAGCAGAAAAAGUCCAGCAAGCGGACUUUGCCAGCAGACUACGGUGAUUCUCUGGCAAAGCGAGGCAGUUGCUCACCAUGGCCUGAUACUCCUACAACUUUUGUAAACAACAGUCCUGCUCCUGCUCCAACUUUCACCUCUGCUCAGCAUAACACCUACAGUGUCCCAGACAGCAAUUCUUCCUCCCCAAAUCAUCAAGGAGAUGGAACCUCUCAAGGGUCAGGAGAUCAGCUUCAUCCUUCAGCCACAAUCCAGGAAACUCAGCAAUGGUUGCUCAAGAAUAGGUUCUCUGCCUAUACAAGGCUUUUUUCAAAUUUCUCAGGUGCUGAUUUAUUAAAGCUGACAAGAGAAGAUCUGGUACAAAUCUGUGGUCCAGCUGAUGGAAUUCGGCUGUAUAAUGCACUGAAAUCCAGGUCCGUGAGGCCCCGUUUAACAAUCUACGUGUGCCAGGAACCCUUACGGAGCAUACAACUGGAACGCCAGGACACAGGCAGCGGAGACAGCAAUGGUGCAAUAUAUGUUUAUCACGCAAUCUACUUAGAGGAGAUGGCAGCCUCGGAAGUCACACGCAAACUUGCUUUGGCAUUUAAUAUUCCUUUGCAUCAGAUCAACCAAGUUUACAGACAGGGUCCCACAGGCAUCCACAUUCUUGUUAGUGAUCAGAUGGUUCAAAACUUUCAAGAUGAGAGUUGUUUUUUAUUCACCACAAUAAAAGCUGAAAAUGGAGAAGGCUUCCAUAUAAUUCUGAAGUGACAUCACACAGUUGCUAGACUGAUACUCCAAUGCAGAAUGAAGUCCUGCCUAAAGAUUAUGAUCAUCCAAAACCUUAGGAUCUAACUUCUCUGUAUAAGAUGUUUCAUAUUGAAAACAAAAUGAUCUUUCUAAUGAGCUGUUUGAUAGGUGAACUUUCUUAUCACUGCCAUAGCUAAGUGUCCUCAUGAGAGGUAUAAUGCCAUGACAGCUUCUGUACAGGCAUGGAAGACAAUGUAAGCAAAGGUGCUUGCCCUUCACUGAAAUAAGGCAAACUAUGGCCAGUAGAUACAGUUUAUAGAAGCAAAGCAUUGCUACUUUUCUAUCAUCUGUAUCCAGUUGGAGAUGAAUGUAAACUUAUUCUGGGGCAUUUACCUUUCUGUGCCAGUUUGGCUAUUGCGUGCUUGUACCUUACGCUGGUUUUAUUUUUUGAUGUUAGCAGAGCAUAUGCUAAUCUGUGUUGAGACGAGUAGUUAAGGUUAUAGUGAUCAGGUUGUCAGGUCUUUGAGAGUAAAGCUGUCAAAACAGCUUCCCGUGUAAAUUGUGUAUAAGAGUGUAUGUAAGAAGUGUAAAUGCCAGAACAGGGCUUUUAAGAAGCCCCAGACAGAUGCAAUAUAUGCAUGCAGCAAACUGCAUUAUCAAUAGUACCUUACUGGAGGGAUUAAUAUAAAUCCUAUGGGGUACCAAGUAAUUGUGUUUUGCUUUAAUGAAUUCAAUGAAAAGAAUUGCCUAUGCAUCCUUUAUGUUUAGUUUCCUAGGUUCUCUGUGGCGCACUGCUGCAGUUUAACUCUUUGCUUGUAAAACUGUGGGUUUAAAAAUACUGGCAGUGAGAAGUGGGGUUUUCAGUGGAAUUAUGCUGAUGAGGGAACAUGACCCACUGGUACAACAGGGCUGUCAUAGCUUUCAGCAGCAUAUAAUAAAUUGCUUGAGAAACACUAAAUACAUACCCUGUAAGUCUCCUUCCCAGCAGUUGAAUGCCCUGCUGGAGCUUCUAUUCUGGACAAAUCUCUUCUUACCUUUACAGUUGACCUUCUUGCACCCUCCACCCACCCAUACUGUACACCUGUUACAGUGCCUCUUUCCUAUGACCAAAUAUUUACUUUUCUCUGAAACAGGCAAUGUGCUUUCUUGGUAUUUUGGAUGUGUCUCGUAAAGUCAUGACACAGCAUUUCCUAGGCUAACAUUGUUUUAAUUGGUUAGGUACUUAGAGGGGAGUAUUUCCAGAGGUAUUAGGUGGCAGUUUCAGAGCUGUUAUUCUGUACCUUUGGAAAGUUCCAACUUGAUCUCUGGCUUAAAAGCUUGGGAAUAGUUUGCUUUUUUAAGCUGCAGUGUUCCAUGUAAACCAAUACUACAGCGUAUAAAAAAGCUUUGACUUUUAUUUCCCCUCUCAUAACUGGCUCAAGUGCUUAGCAGAAAAGCUUCUGAAAGCUGUAUAAUUUUGAAGAUUUAAAUUCAUCAAACCUAGUUUUUUUGCUAUUUUUGGUUGGGUUUUUUUUUCUGCACAUAAAGUAAAACUUUAUGUACUUAAAACA